CACGCGUAUCAUUCGGGCUAUUCCACCGAGACUGCUCUACAUCAGACGGUAGCAUUUAUUGAGGAGCAGCUGGAAAGGAAGGGCUACGCAGUGGGUGCUUUCUUGGACAUAGAGAGCGCCUUUAACAACACACCGCACGGGGUAGUGUGUGAGGAAGCCGCCAAAAGAGGUGUCCCGAUGAAGCUCGUCGAGUGGAUCCGGGGCAUGCUAGGAAGGCGUGUGAUGACUUCGCUGGAAACUGCAAAAGUCUGUGGGUGGGUGGGAAGAGACUGCCCGCAGGGCGGAAUACUUUUCCCACUUUUAUGGUGCCUGGUAGUAGACGGAUUAUUAAAGGCACUGGACGAUAGAGGCUUCACUGCACAAGGCUACGCGGACGACGUGGCAAUACUUGUGCGAGGUCUUUUUCUAGAAACGCUUCUAGAGCUCAUGCAGAGGGCACUGAAAGUUGUAGAAGAGUGGUGUCAGAGGACGGGUCUUGCGGUGAAUCCACUGAAAACCGGUCUUACUGUCUUCACCCGCAAAUACAAGGUGGGCAUCAUUGUGGGACCCACUCUUGGAGGAGUAAGGUUAGUUCCGACCGAAUUAGUGAAAUAUUUGGAAGUUAUCCUGGAUAGGAAACUGCUUUGGGAGAAGCACCUUCGUAACCGGUGCAAAAGCUUGUGCCAGUAUUUUUGGAUGUGCAGAAGGACCUUUGGUCAGACUUGGGGUUUGAAACCGAGUAUGAUACACUGGAUCUACACAGCCAUACUUCGCCCCAGACUCACAUACGCAGCCGUAGUAUGGUGGACUAGGGUGCGAAAGAAAACAGCCAAAGUUGCGCUGGAGCAUGUCAGGGCUCUGAUUUUGAUAGGUGCCUUAGGUGCUAUGGUUACACCAGUGGCGGCGAUGGGCGUAAUGUUCGGCAUCGAACCGUUUCACCAGGUGGUGGUGGCGGCGGCAGCAAUGGCGACAUACCGUCUAAGAUGCGAACUAAAAUGGAAGAAGGGAGCCCGGCAUACGAGGCUGCCGGAAGACGUUUUGUUGGAUCCGAUAUUCGAGAUGCGACAGGACAGAAUACCUAUUAUUCGGGCUUCUGAUAGGCACUUCAAAGUGCAUAUACCGAGGCCGGAGGAGUGGGAAAAGGAAGGUGGAAACUUAGGGGCUCGAGUGCGUGGAGGGGAUGUCUGGUAUAUGGACGGCUCCAAGACGGACACGGGCUCCGGGGCCGGCUUUUUUGGCAGUCGAGAGGGAUGGAAGGAGAGCAUUUCUCUCGACAGUUAUGCCACGGUAUUCCAAGUGGAGAUUGUGGCUAUCCUAAGCUGUGCUCAGACCGUGCGGAGUAGGGUAGAAGCGGGAGAGCACAUCAGAAUUUGUACGGACAGCCAGGCAGCCAUCAAGGCGCUGGGGGCUCCGACAAUAACGUCGCGGUUGGUUCAGAAGUGCAGAGGCGUUCUGAACGAAUUGGCGAGAGAGAGAGAAGUCACCGUUACCUGGGUGCCGGGUCACUUAGGCAUCCAGAUUAAUGAAUGUGCGGACCAGCUGGCAAAAGCGGGUUCAGAAAUAACGAUGGUAGGACCGGGACAAGCUAGAGCUCUGAUGGGAGAUACUCCUAAUAGGGAACUGGCUUGGAGCAUAAGGGCUCUGAGUAGGAGAGAUGCCAGGACAGCGGUACACAUACUGACGGGUCAUGGCACCUUAAACUACCACAUGUACAAGCUUGGGCGUAGCGAUACAUCCAGGUGCAGGGCAUGUGGAGAAGACGAGGAAACAAGCCUUUAUGUACUCAGCGACUGUCCUGCACAUGCAGGGUUGAGACACAAGAUGCUAGGCUCAGCACUACUUGGGCCCGAGCAGAUCAGGGAGCUGCCGGUGAAGGAUCUGAUUCUCUUUUGGAGAAAAACAGGUCUCUCAUGA